UGGCGCUCAAGCACUACGACUGCAGUCGCAGCCUGCGCAACGCACCGAGCAUGCUCCUUUUUCCGGUCACGUGGCCUGUCAUGGCCGCCUCCAUGGCCCGCGGCAUGAGUGCCCGGGUCCUGUUGCGGGCGGCCGGGGGAUCUUGGGGUGCUGGGGUCGGGCACGCGGCGGUGACGUCCAGGACGUUCGGGAGGACAGGCGAGCGGCGCGAGGAGGCGGACGGCUCGGAGCAGCCCCCGGACGCGGUCAACGUGGUGUUCGUGGACCGCUCUGGCCGGCGGAUCCCGGUGAGGGGCAGAGUUGGGGACAAUGUUCUUCACCUGGCCCAGCGCCACGGGGUUGACCUGGAAGGGGCCUGUGAAGCGUCCCUGGCGUGUUCCACCUGCCAUGUGUAUGUGAGUGAGGCCCACCUGGAUCUCCUGCCUCCUCCCGAGGAGAGGGAGGACGACAUGUUGGACAUGGCCCCACUACUCCAGGAGAACUCGAGACUGGGCUGCCAGAUUGUGCUGACCCCUGAGCUGGAAGGAGUUGAGUUCGCUCUUCCCAAGAUUACCAGGAACUUCUACGUGGAUGGCCACAUACCCAAACCUCACUGACAUGAGGCUACUGGACCGACCAGGGCCUCAGAACUGAAAAGAAAAGCCAUGCUUCCGGCCCCAGAGCACAGACUGACCCGGAAAGCACGGUGUGAGACCAGAGCUGCCACUGGGGACCACCAGUGUUUGGGCCCUGAGGGGGAUGGGAUGGGUCUGCAUCUUGAGCGUGUUGGUUCACCAGGGAGACUGGAACUAUAAAUUAAGGAUGGACUCAAACCAGAGCUGCAAUAAAAAGUCACACACA